AUGCGAUUGUUCAACUACUUGCUGGUGCUGUUGCCCGCAGCGCUGGCCAACCAGCUCAACGCCCGGUCCACCACCGCCUGCAACAACUCCCCCGACCUCUGCAACAAGUCCUACGGUGAGAUAACACAUUUAGGCGCCCAUGACAGUCCCUUCGUGCGCACUUCAGACAGCGUUCUGGCUGGCGACCAGUACUACGAUACUCCUACCCAGCUGAGCGCCGGUGUCCGCCUUCUAAGUGCUCAGGUACACAAGGAUAACAAUGAGUGGCGCCUCUGCCAUACAUCCUGCACCCUGCUGGAUGCAGGGUUGUUGAGUGACUGGCUGGCCAAGAUCAAGUCAUGGCUGGAUGAACAUCCCAAUGAGGUCGUCACUCUCCUCCUUGUGAACUCCGACAGCGCCUCAGCCUCCGAACUCGGCACUGUGUUCAAUUCGGCCAACAUCAGCACCUACGCCUACGAUCCCCCGUCACUCACAAUUGCGCCCUCCUCCUGGCCAACCCUGCAAACAUUGAUCAACUCCGGCAAGCGACUCGUCGUCUUCGCCACCCCGCUGACUCCCAGCACGGACUACCCAUACCUCAUGUCCGAAUUUGAUUUCAUGUGGGAGAAUAACUACGACGUGACAUCCCCAUCGAACUUCACCUGCGAGCCCGACCGACCAAGCUCCCUCUCAGGCUCCAUUUCCACCGCCCUAUCCUCCGACCGUCUCCCCAUGAUGAACCACUUCCUAUACUCUACAGACUUGGAACUCAUAGACAUCGAGUACCCCAACGCAAGCUACGUGUCGACCACGAACGCACCCUCCGGCGGCACGGGUAACCUAGGCAGCACAGCGGCAAAGUGCAAGGCUGCCUACGGUGGCCGCCAGCCCACCUUCAUCCUGGUGGAUUUCUUCGACAAGGGACCCGCGUUGGACACGGUCGAUAGUUUGAACAAUGUGACCAAUGCCGUGGGACGGACGUCGGUUUCCUCGUCCUCGACAUCCUCGAGUGGCGGGUCUACUAUCAAUAAUGUGUUCAAGGGGCUGGUUGAGAUGGCGAGCUCGGCCAAGUCUGGCGCUAGCACGAGUAUGGGGGAUUGGGUCUGGGCUGGUGGGAAUUGGAAUAGUAUUCUGGGUGGAGGAAUCUCCUUCUAG